AUGGGCUUUACCGUUAAAUCCGAAAAAUGUAAGUUCUUACAAAAAAGUGUAAAGUACCUAGGUUUUAUUAUUGACAAGCAGGGAUUGCACCCCGAUCCGAAAAAGAUGGAAGCCAUUUCUAAUGCUCCGACACCACUGAAUGUGACCCAAUUAAAAAGUUUUCUUGGUCUCCUUAAUUACUAUGGCAAGUUUAUUCCUAAUCUCAGUACCAUUUUACAUCCCUUACAUUUGUUAUUAAACAAAGGAGUUAAUUGGAAAUGGACUUCAAAAUGCGAGCAGGCCUUCCGAGAAGCUAAAAGAGCUUUGUUGGGCGAAAAGGUUUUGGCUCACUAUGAGGAAGGGCGGCCACUGGUUCUGUCGGUGGACAGCAGUGCGUAUGGGCUGGGCGCAGACCUAGCACACGUAUACCCCGACGGCACCGAGCGACUGGUCAGCUGUGUAUCGCGUACGCUUAAUGCUUCAGAAAAAAAUUAUAGUCAAUUAGAUAAAGAGGCUCUGGCCAUAUUUUUUGGAAUAACGAAACACCACCAAUAUGUAUUCGGUCGACGCUUUGUUUUACGAACGGAUCAUCAGCCGUUAAGUUACAUUUUUGGGAAAAGAGGCGGGAUACCACAAACGGCAGCCAGUCGCUUACAGCGGUGGGCUGCCCGAUUGGCCGCCUAUGAUUUUUCAGUGGAGUUUGUUCGCUCGGCUGCUAACGGCCCGGCCGACGCGCUUUCCCGCCUUCCUCUGCCAACCGAACGUCACCAGUCCGCGGUCACGUCUUACAUUAAUUUACUGGAAGAUACUAUCCCGGUAAACUUCAAGGAUAUUAGUAUAGAAACAAAAAAGGAUACGGUAUUGAGCCGAAUUACAGGCUAUGUAAUGUUCGGUUGGCCCUUCUCGACCAAAUGCGACGACGAGAAGCCGUACUUUGAUAGAAAGCAAGAAAUGUUGCUUGAUCUAGGCUGCUUGAUUUAUAAAUAUCGCGUCGUAAUCCCUCCCUCACUAAGGGAACGAGUUUUAUUGGAAAUUCAUGAGGGUCAUUUAGGAAUGAAUAAAAUGAAAAAUCUAGCUCGAAAUUACAUCUAUUGGCCUGGUAUAGACCAGGACAUAGAAAACUUAUGUCGUAAUUGCCAAGCGUGUUGCUCAGUUCGUGAUAGUCCUCCCCGAGCCGUUCUGCAUCCAUGGGAAUUCCCUCUAAAUCCGUGGCAACGUUUGCAUGCAGAUUUUGCCGAAUACGUGGGCAAGAAAUAUCUCAUAGUUAUAGACGCCCAUUCGAAAUGGAUAGAGGUAGUACCGAUGGGUCGGACGGAUGCCAAAGAGACCAUCGCCGCAUUUAGAAGUAUGUUCGCAAGAUUUGGCUUGCCGUCGCAAUUGGUCACGGAUAACGGACCGCCUUUUAUGUCCAUAGAUUUUAAAAAUUAUUGUAAAAAAAAUUGUAUUAGGCAUGUGUCAUCGGCUCCCUACAGACCUCAGGCAAAUGGUGCUGCGGAAAAUGCGGUGAAAACCAUUAAAAAAGUUAUAAAACGGGCGGUUUUUGAAGGGGAAGAUAUAUUACAGGCAAUAAACAGAUUUUUAUUUCAAUACCGCAACUGCGAACAUGCCGCAACCGCGGUGUCACCUGCAGUGGCAUUGUUAGGUCGCCGUCUACGCAGUCGCCUGGAUGCUUUACGUCCCAACACGGCUGAGGUGGUGCGAAGGGCUCAAUAUCAGCAGGUUGCCAAUUCCGGGGGUUCGGACCGGAAUAUAGCUAUAGGAGACCGGGUGUUGACUAGAAAUUAUACACCAAAAGGGGGCAAGUGGCGUGAAGGAAAGAUAGUAAAAAAAACGGGACCCGUUUCUUAUAGGGUCAGCAUGGGGGAUGGAAUCGAGUGGAAAAGACAUAUCUACCAAGUGAUACCAACCAAUCGUAAAAGUCGUUAUUCCCUUUCGAGGCCUAGCAUUAGCGAAUUAAAAGAGACCGAGGAGACCCCACACCUGAGGCCUGAUAGUGGCACCGAUGACUUAUUUGAAGAUGCAACCGGAGAGGGCAAUGACCAGGACGAAAAAGGCAGUUCGAAUAUUACAGAUAAUGCAGAGAGAAACUCCUCGUCACCGCCUUCACCGAGUGUAUCGGCUAGAGCACUGCGUGCUUAUAUUCGAGCCAAGAAAAAGGAAUUGUAA